CCCAGCACGAACAGGGGUGCACACCGUCGCUUCACCUGUCAUCUUCAGGGGGGUAAAACGGCGCCUGGUGAAGUGAGUCACCUGCUUGCCCGGGGCUCAGGAAACACUGGGCUGGAACACUGCCUGAAGGAGGUGUAGUGUGUUAGUGCAUGCAUGCCUCACCACGCUGCUCGCUGGUGACAUGCUCAGCCACGCAAUGUUCAGAAAAUAAAUUGAUGCAAAACGAGUCAGUAGAGGGUGAGUUUAAGUGGCGCGGUGAUGAGGGCAAGGCGUUAGGAUGCCUUCUCUGACGCCAGGACACCAGCAUCACUUUGACCUGGGGUAGAGUGGAGUUACACACCUGCCAAACCCUCCACACCUCCCAGGGAUGAUGACUACACACACAGUGCCUGUCAAUGACACUCUCGACUCCACCUCCUCCCAAGACAUCAGCGUGGUGGUAACGGCGGCGCUGCUGGCUGUGCUUGGCGUUGUCUUCGUCUUCGGGACCCUCGUCAACUCCUUGGUCUUCCUGGUCUUCUACCGCAGACCCUCCCUCAGGUCACUCUCCAACAGGUUCGUGCUGUCUCUGACUUCCGCCAACCUGGUAUCUACGGUGAUGGUUGUACCUGUUCACGCUCUCAGACUAGGCGGACUCACUCCACUGCUGACCCCCUCCACUGCUGCCGAAGGUGCUGACGGCGGCCACUACGUCAGCCGCGGGGACGAGGAGUUCUGGUGGUGCCAGGUGUCCAAGGCACUCAUGGCCCUGGCUGUUGAAGCUGCUAUCUUCUCCGUUUUGCUCAUCGCUGUUGACAGGUACUGCGCUGUCACCUCUCCUCUUCACUACUCCAUGACCAUCACUCGUGGACGCAGCGUGAGGCUUAUCUUGGGCGUGUGGAUGCUGGCUCUCUUGUACGCCCUGCCCCAGCUCCUAGCCCAUACCCACGCCCAUCUCCAUCCAGCCUCCCGCCUCUCAUCCUGCCCAGAUGGUCAGGACGUGGUAUCACUCGUGCCCAUCACGUUCGGGCUGUACUACGCGGUGCUUCUGGCGCUGUGUGGGUUUCUGGUGCCGCUGUUGGUACUGUGCUGGAUCUAUGUGCGUAUGUACCGCGCGGCGCGGCGCAACUCCGCCCGCACACGGCGCCACAGCGUGUGCCACAACCCCGCGGAGAUCAUCGUCCCGGACUGCCCCUCCACCCCAGACUCCGGCAACCAUAACUCCGUCAGGUGCAAGUCUCGUCCACCUCGCCGCCGCUCCGCUAAUAUCAGUUUCUCCUCGCUCUUCUUCCGCGAAGAAGGACGGGCAGUCAAGACAGCUGUCAUCGUUAUUGCCUCCUUUGUGACGUCGUGGCUGCCAUAUUUUAUUUUUAAAAUAUUCGAAGCCGGGGGAUGGACGAGGGACAUACCUUACGUGGACGAGGUAGUGACGUACAUAGCACUGUCUUCCUCCUGCACGAGUCCUUUCAUUUACGUCUAUCGUAAUGAGACAGCAAGUAAAGAGGUGCUGAAGAUAGUAUGCUGGUGGCGGCCACCUAGCCCAGCCUCGCCCACUUUCUCCCGCUCUUCUCAUCAUCCCAAGAUGGGCAACGGUCACACAACUACCCCCGUGAGGAUCAUUGAGCCAGACACCGCAUCGCUGUACAGUUACGCUGCCGAGUGCGGCACUUGUGGCCACAACCAGCUGGUGUGUUCGCUCAGGAACGGGCGACCUGUGACCUCCCCGCUGCCGCCGGACAAGCGGAGAGCUUCGAGUCCCCGCCGCGAGAGUACAGUGUCCUUCAAGUUGACGCCGAUGGAUCGGCCCGCGUCCAGGUGCCGCCAGUGUUUACGUCAGGAUUCUGCUUCCUCUGCGUCUUCCGACGACCCUUUACUGAGCGACUGUUAUCGCCAUCACCGCCCCUCCAACCCUUCAGUCAGAUGGACCCGGCCCAGAAUGUCCAACGGCUCAGUGACAACCAGAAGCGACUCUCUGGCCUCCACGAACUCCUCGGUGCUCAGCGCCGGAAUCCAGCGGUGGCCCAUUAGACGUUACUCAACAGUAUCCACCGACAGCGGCGGGACCAUCACGCGUCGCAGCGCUCACGAAGAGCCCGAGGAAGACGGAGUGUCUGCGCGUCUCCACCCUCCUGGUGGCCAACGCUCUCUCUUCCUGGAGAGUGAAGAAGAUAGUUACGAUGCCGGCAAUAACCAGCCCGAGAUUCACGGAUAUGCUAACCCUUUCAGGCACCCUCGUCUGAGCCACCGGCAGGAGUCUGUGGGCUCCUCGGUCAGGUUUAUUUGGGAGAUUGACGAAGGCGACGGUCCUGACGAUGACACUGCGGAGGGAGAAGCUCGGGAAGCACCUCCCAGGUGACCUCUGGCCAGGUCACCUUCCCUUAUGAACCUAGCCGGAGCCUGCCGGAGGGAUGACCCGGACGACUCUCCCAGCAAGGUCAUCAACUGGAGACUCUCAGUCUGACUCCCAGUACGGCCAUUAACUGGAAGUUCAGUUUUUGCCUCAACUGAGCUGAUGGGAAGAAAUGGCGGAUGUGAACAUUUCCUCUGUGGUAUCAAACCUUAGUAGCCUCACUCAUUAUUACCUUUAUAUGUAUUUUUUAACCAAAUAUGUUCAAACAAUAUAUAUGUGUAUGCCUCAAGUUAAAAAAAAAAAAAGAUUAAUUCGGAGUUUGAGAACAGGGCAAAAAACUGCUUCAAUUCUUCAAAGAAACUCAAUAAAUCCGAGGAAAUAGAAUCAAUUCCCAGUGCGCUGAAACCCAGAGGUGCAUUUUCACAAACCUAACUAUAAAGUGGACCACUGAUGAUCACGGGAGCCCAACGAGUGGGAAACUUGCUGGACCAGGAGACUCUUUCAUAUGCCGUGUAGUGUGAUCUCUUUACCUCUAGGUUAUUAGAGACUUGCAGGUGUGCUUAGUAAAUAUUCCUUGACGAUUGGUUGAGGGAAAUAAUGGAUGGUAUGCCACGCUGGUUCACUAGCACUGUCAUACAGCGUCAGGUGAACCGGCACAGUGCCAUACAUAUCACAGAGCGCAUCUCCUGAGUAUAAGAACCAGUGCUGUCAUACAUAUCACAGAGUGCAUCUCCGGGUGUAUGAAUCGACCCAAAUUUACCAGCUACUACAAAUCAUGUAGUAACGUUGCGGGGACUAGCAUGCUCUGUUAAGUGUACAGGCAGGUGGUACUCUACAGGUGAUGUGCUCUGUCUGGUGUACAAAGAGGAGGCAGGAAGGUAACAUGCUCAAGGUGACACGCACCAACACAGUAUCUUAUAGGCGUCGACACAGUGUGAUACGAGGUUAACUUGUGAUACCCUUCAGGAAUAAAAUUCUGUGGUAAGAGGUGGAGAAGUGAGUUGACGUUACAGUUCGUCAAUUACUUGAACACAGGAUGAUAUCAUGUUAUGUGCGUUGACUUGUCCACCUCCGAUUUCUCUACAAGGGCAGAUGGGGAGAGGUUGUAGCGUCGCCUCCUGCUGAGGUAAGCUCUAGGAAGCUUUCCGCUAUCACCCUAGACAGACUGCGUCAUCAGCAUCACAGUAACUUAGAGUCGAGAAGAGGUCACAGGCUCAUUAAAUGCCGGCAACAGUAACUUAGAUUCUCUAAGGGCAAUGUUGCAUGGCAGGAGACUUGACGUAGAGCAAACCUUCAUUGUAGAAACCUUUUCCCUCUGAGUAAAGCUUGACCAAGCUCUACAGUAAAUGCUCCAAUGCAAAUCUGGGCAAGACCUGCGACCUCAGCAGUCCACCUACGGCACAGUGCCCAGACCCUCUCCUACAACUGCCUAGUGUGUCACAUAACCCCUCGCCUCUUCCCACCAAAACACUAACCCCAUCGACCAACCUUACCUGUGUGAUAUUCCAUGCCUCCUGUUCGUAACACCAAGAAUACUGCGGUCUGACGAAGAUCGCAGCACGCUUCCCGUACGCAGUGUAUGUCGUUCUGUUAUCACUUACGCUAGUCUGUUCAUUUGGCUACGUUGUAUAACUACUUGAUAGCAGGAACAUCGUUAUUGAUCACAACUGUGUUGUGUUGCAGAUGCCAAAGUAUCAUAAAAAAUAUAUACAUACACACAUAUGUACCAAUACAAAACAGAAAUACACAUGUUCAUUAUUACAUUUCA